GGCCAAGAAAGACGUCCUACUCACGUAGCCGACCAGCCACCAUGAAGCCCUCCAAGAUUGAACCUGCCUUGACCUCCGACUCAUCGACAAGCAGUAAAAAAGGGGCAAAGAGGGAGCGUACCAUGUUCAAUGAAGUUCAGCUGGAUAUUCUCCUGGGGGAGUUUCAUAAGAACCCAUACCCUAACUACUCCGUCAGAAGUGAGCUUGCUAACCGCCUGGAUGUUCCCGAGUCUAGAAUACAGAAUUGGUUUCAAAACCGAAGAGCCAAACACUCAAGACAACUGAAGGAAAAAGAAAGUCUGAAUUUAUCGGGACAGCCCCAGGACCAGGGAGAACAGAGCUCCUUGGUUCAUGGCUUGAAAAAUCCUCAGACUUCGGCUGCCAGCCAGGUUCCGCAGGAAAGUCUCCCAGAGACCCAGUUAGCUUGGCCAAAUAGAUCCAGGUUCCCCUCAUCUAAGAUGACGAAGGUGACCCUUGGGGAGAGUCCUGGCUUCCCAGAGACGGUGGCGACGGCCUCGGCACUCACCAAGGAGGCUUCCGCGAGCCCAGGAGCCUGGCUUCAGCCUCCUGCCCUGACUGUGGAGUCUCAUCCCUGUUUAAAGUCCCAGGCCUGGGGCAGCUCCCCCCAGAGCACACCCUCCCGGCUCCAGACCCUGAAGAGAGGACAGCAGCCCGAGAGGCAGCUGUGGCUUGAGUACCUCCGCCAGCUUCACGAGCAGUCACAGCAGUAUCCCUGGAUGCAGGAGUAUCUGGAGUACCUGCAGCAGCACCCAGUUCCAGUAGCACCGGCCCUAGCCCCCAGCCCGCCGGCAUCUCCCCUUGCAGAUACUCUUCCCAGUGCCUCAGCAUCCCUGGCCACAGAAGCCGCCGGGCCAGAGACCACUCCUGCCAAAUGAGUCCUCCCUCAGCCCGAAGUUGCAGGAGCGUCUGCAGUUACUUAGUAUC